AUGGAUGUUAUACCUUUUGAUAGUUACCCGAAACUAGAAAACCAUCAAGACCCUGAAUUCAAUUAUCUUAUAACUGAGGUUUUUGAACCAAUAGAUUAUAUAUCAUUAUCCCAAUCCAAUAAAUUUGAUACUAAAACAGGGAAAGUAUUUGCCAAAUUCAAUGAUUUCAUUAAAGACUAUAGGGUACAUAUUGGUCCUGAUUUAUACCCUUGCGCAAGAUUGAUCCUUCCUGAACAAGGAACGGGUGUCUUAUAUGUAAGAGAUGCCACUAUUAUCAAUAUUGUCAAACAUUUAUAUAAUAUUCCCAAGAAAGGAGUUCACGCUAAUAAAUUGAAUCAUUGGAAACGAAAUAAAUCUACCAAAUAUAGGCAAAAUCAAAUAUCACUCCCCCAAUUGAUUGCACAGACAGUUAAAGACUAUAGAGAGACAGACUUCUCUCUUGAAGGGAAAUCUCCAGUAACUGUUGGAGAAAUCAAUAAAUUCCUUGACGAAUUACCUUUGAGAACUAAAGUUGAUAAACAAGUUGAGUUAUUCAGACCCAUCUUUGAAAGACUCGAUAUCAGAGGUAUCAGAUGGUUGAUUACUAUCAUCUUAAAGGAAUCUACUAUUCAUGGAUACAAGAAGGUAUUUUUAAAUUGUUACCAUCCUCAGGCUCUUUCAUUGUAUGGUAGUUGUAAGAAAUUAGAGACUGUUAUCAAGUUUUUGCAUGAUCCGAAUAAAUUUUAUCCCCAGCAGCAGUUUAACCCACAAUAUGGACAUCCUUUCAAUCCUAUGACAUCACAAAAGCUUAAGAAUUAUCAGGAAAUUGUCAAAUCCAUGCCAUCGGGGUUCUUUAUCGAGGAGAAAGUUGACGGCGAUAGAAUGAUUCUUCAUUACAAGGAUGGAAAAUUUAGAUGGUGGUCUAGAAGGAUAAGAGAUUACACCAAUUUGUAUGGGGAUUCAUUUUCUCAUGGUUCAUUAACAGGGAAUCUCAAACCACUGGAUCAGAAAUUGUUCUUUGAAGGAGAAUCUAAACCAGAUCAAAAUGCUUUUGAUGGUCCGUUUCACAAAAAGACAAAAUCCAUUAUUUUAGAUGGAGAAAUGGUAGCUUUUGACCCCGAAAGAAAUAUAAUUUUACCUUUUGGGACUUUAAGAGAUGCUGCUGUUCAAGAAGGUGUAAGACAAUUUUCCACCACCGAUAUGUACAAGAAUGUCAAUGCUCAUCCAUUCUAUCUCGUAUUUGACGUUUUGGAGUUUAACGGUACCAGUUUCAUCUAUGACAAGAAGAAAUCCAAUGGUGAUGAUAAGGAGUUAAAGGGAUAUGGACAAACUUUAGAAUGGAGAAAGAAUUUUUUGAAAAGUGUCAUCAAUCCAAUCUCCACAAGGCUCGAACUACUUCCAUACACAAGGGGUAAUACGGUGGUAGAUAUAGAAAAUGCUAUGAGGAAGAUAAUAAGUCAAAGGUGUGAAGGUAUUAUGGUCAAAUCAGUGAAAGGUGUAUAUAAAAUCGAUACCAGAAGUUUCAAUUCCAUUAAAAUCAAGCCAGAGUAUUUGGAAGAAUUUGGUGACAAUUUGGAUUUACCUGUAAUUGGGAUAAUCAAAGGAAAAGAGAAACAUAGUUAUAUGUUUGGAUUGUAUGAUGAAAACAAGAAGGUGUGGAGAAGUUUUUGUACAGUAGCUAAUGGAUUCAGAAGGACUGAAUACAAUACUAUUGAAAAUCUUUUGAGAUCAAAAUAUGUUAAGAAGUGUCCUGAAGGAGUUGUAUUCGGUUCUAAGAAGCCCGAUCUAUAUAUUCACCCAGAUGAUUCGAUAGUAAUUGAAGUAAAAGCAAGAAGUUUAGAAAGCACCAUUGAUGGUAAACAUCAUACGAAUACUACUUUACAUAACUCAUGGGCCAGGACAAUCAGAGACGAUAAGUCUGCUACUGAUUGUCAAACAUUUCAAGACUUUUUAAGAUUGAGGCAAGAUCAUUCUACUGACAUUUCGAAAGAUCAAGAGAGUAAUAAAAAAAGAAGAAAGUUAAGCUCUCUCAAAGAAACCAAGGUGACUGCCAAAUCCGAUCUAUUCAAGGAUUUCAGCUUUGUUGUCUUAUCUGACUACUUGGAAGCUGAAAGAAUAGAUAUAACGAAAGUGAAAAACAUUAUUAUCACCUACGGAGGAAAAAUCAUCCAUGAUCCCAAGAAAGGAGGUAAAGUAUUAAUAUUGAGUAAUUUGUUGACUCCUGUUGUGAACAGAUACUUGGAAAUGGGAUUUGAUAUCGUAAAACCACGUUGGGUGUUUGAAAGCAUUAAGAACAUGACAAUACUUCAAUUGGAUGAGAAACUCAUCUUCAAGACCAAAAAUGAAAAAUUGACCCACGAAACUUUGGAUGAAUUUGGUGACAGUUAUUCUGUUAUGCCGGAAUCGGUUAUAGAGUUCCUAAAUAGUAUAGAGCCUACGAGUUCCACUAAGGGCCAAUCAGAUUUGACCGUUCCGUUACUCAAAGAUCUAUUUCAAGGCAUAUCAUUUGAGAUUAUCGGAUCUCCCAUGGAAAAGAAUUUGAUGACGAAAAAAAUUGAACAAUUUCACGGGUCAGUAAAUGGCAAUCCUUCAUUUAUAGUGGUAAUAAGUGAUAAUGGUGACGUUGACAGAAUACUGAAAGACUUGAGUGAAAAUUUUAAAGAAGGCGAUAAAAUUCCCAGAAUCGUGAGUGAUUCUUUUGUUGAUGAUUGCAUCAAAAACGAAUGUUUGGUUGAUGCAAGAGAUCAUUUAUACCACCGGAAAUCGUAA